UUGCUUGGGGUUUUUUAAUCACACAUACACGUAGUAUUACACUUUAGGCGUGCACGUGUUUUAGGGGUCAGCAAUGGGUAUGUACAAAGUGACAGGGUUCGUAGCCACGGUGAUCACCUUCGUGUCCUACACGGUGUCGUUCUCCGCGCCAUUCUGGUACUACAUAGACCUGGGGACCCGGGAGAUCUAUGGCGGACUGUGGCAGUCCUGUCUCUCAAAUUUCAUCACCAGGACGUGUUCCAACAAUGUAUUAACCUCCAAUCCAGGAUGGAUUCAUGUCUACCAGACGUUCGGGUGUUUGGCCCUGAUUUGCGUGAUCUCCUGUCUUAUCCUGAUGAUAUUGUACAUGUUUAUUUGGAAACAAGACGAGCGGCUUCGUAAGGCCAUAAUUUCGGCUGCCUUUGCCAGUGCAGGUAUGAUAUUCCUCUGUGUGACAAUAUUUGCAGCCAAAUUCCGAGACAAGGACUACCAGAAGGAGGAUCUCAGUUUUUCUUUCUAUCUGACAUUCGUGGCUAUUUUAACCUCACUGUGGACUGGCGUUAUAUUAAUUGUUGGAAACAUGAAAGGCGACUGAUCUCCGAAUGAAGUAAAAAAAAA